UUUUAUUCCGUGCUUUUAUUUUGAAGGAGGUGACGCGGAAGAGGCAGUGAGUGGUCUCUGGUUCAGAAUUUCCUCCGCCGCGGCGUUUCACUCCCAUUCACAGGAGACUGGCCCAGCCAACCACUAGUGAAACGUCUAGCACAUCAUGGCAGAGCAGGACCUCACACCGGAGCAGCUGAAACAGAUCGCAGAGGCCAACGAAGAGAAGGAAUCUGACAUAAACUACAAACCUCCUGCCCAAAAGAGCUUACAGGAGAUCCAGGAGCUGGACAAAGAUGACGAGAGCCUGCGGAAGUACAAGGAGGCGCUGCUAGGCAAAGUUGCCGUGGUUGCAGAUCCCGCUGCGCCAAAUGUCCAGGUGACACGGAUGACCCUGCUUUGUGAAACAGCACCUGCUCCUCUGGUCCUUGACCUGCAGGGAGACCUGGAGAACUUCAAGAAGAAACCAUUUACGCUGAAAGAGGGAGUAGAGUACAGAAUAAAGAUCAACUUCAAGGUGAACAAAGACAUCGUAUCAGGCCUCAAAUACAUGCAGCAAACAUUCAGGAAAGGAGUCAAAGUUGAUAAGUCGGACUACAUGGUGGGAAGCUACGGCCCGAGACCGGAUGAGGAAUAUGAGUUCCUCACCACCCUGGAGGAAGCGCCCAAAGGGAUACUGGCCCGCGGCACCUACAACAUCAAGUCCAAGUUCACAGACGAUGACAAGUACGAUCAUCUGUCCUGGGAGUGGAGCCUCGCCAUCAAGAAGGAGUGGAAAGACUGAUUUUCCCACUCUGUGUCACUUACUUUCCCCUCUGUGUUUUCCAGCUUUCCUCAUCCUGCUGUCAUUCCAUGAUUUCUCUCUGCAUUAUGUUGUAUUAAGCUUUUGCUCUCUCCGUCCAUCAUCCCACCCCUCCUCUCUGCUCUCGCACUUAUUUUCUACCUUUUAUUCAGAUCAUAAUCAUCGUCAUCCCCCAGUUAAUUUACACCAACCUUUUCUGAUAAAGUACUAAAUUAUCCCAAAAAAAGAGAAGGCAAAAUCCAGAUUUUCAGGAUACUUUGUUAUAAAAGAAAAACAAUAAAAAAAGAUGAGUAUGUGAUUUCCUCUGCCCUGUGCGACUGAUUCUGUCUCUGGCUAAUAUUUUUCUUUGUUUUAUGUAAUCUUCAUGGUCUGCCUUGCACAGCAUCGUGCAGAAAGUAGUGGUGCUGCCUGCAAGCAGACAUUUAGCAGUCACUGCUGGAUGUAACUCUUGGACAGAGCCCAGCUAAAGCCUCUGAGCAGAUUGCUCAUACUUGGGUCUUGUUAAACUAUUUGGACUUUCAAAUAGUUUGGAUCUUGACUAAAAUCUGCUGAGAGAACAGGAAAAACCGUUACCUCUAACCCCCUCACCAAUCCCCUUUGCAUUAGCUGCGGCCUGUCCUCUCCUGAUCAGGUAUUUUGGCUUUUUUUAGCAUCUGGGUGGCCUUAAAAAUAGCUGUUCUGAAGAUAUACAACAAUAGUUGAGCCAUUUGCCUUCAGAGUCAGUACUAUGUGAGCCUGUUUUAAGACAUAACUUGUAAUAGACAUGCCUGGAAUCAGAGCUAAGGAUUUGAUUUGUCUUUAUUUCAGGUUUAAUUAGACGUACAUGUUGGGUAACAUCUCUUCAUUCAUUUCUGUGUAAGUGGUUUAAAAAUCAGAAGAACUCUAAGAGUCCCCUAAGUUUGUCCCUAUCACUGUGUCCUCUCGUCCUCGAACUUUCACAGCAGAUCAGCGCUGAAUCGAAUAUCGGACACGUUAAACCAUUCCCUGUUCUUACUUGGAGAUUAUUACUGCUGACUGCCUCCAGACGUGUCGUCUCUCUAUCAGUAUCCAAACCUCAGCCCUUAAACACAUGAUAAUGGUCAGCACAGAUGGUGAUACAAAGUGUUUUCUUGAUUUAUGCACUCCAUAUGCAAAUGAAAAUCCGUUUGGCUUCAUUCAGCUUGUGUCAUGGACUGAUGGUUCUUCUCAGUGAGGUGGGUUUAACUCGGUUUGCUGUCUGUAUUGCCUACAGUUUACGGAUCUCUUGUGUUCAAAUUAAAGUGUUCAAACUGGG